UCCCGACCCGGCGGCAGGGGCCCGGGCCGAGCGGCUCCGCGUGCUGUGCUCCGGCCGCCCAGUGCGGGGAGGACGCGCGGCAGCGCCAGCCUCGGGGCCGCGCUGGUUAGGUAGGAGUCGAGAGCAUUUCCUAGCGCCCAAGCCAUGGUGGCCAAACAGCGGAUCCGGAUGGCCAACGAGAAGCACAGCAAAAACAUCACCCAGAGGGGGAACGUAGCCAAAACCCUGAGGCCGCAAGAAGAGAAAUACCCCGUGGGACCAUGGCUGUUGGCACUGUUUGUUUUUGUUGUCUGUGGCUCAGGAAAUCUGUACGUUCUUGUAAGAAUCUAGCACACAGUGCGUGCUCAGUGUGGUUGGAUGGACUCGUGGACAUGUGGAUGGUGAAUGAAGCCAGAUACACCCCGUACUGUAGAUACCCAGCUGACUUCUCUGAGACCUCAUACAAAGCUUCAUGAGUAUUUCUAUUAAAAUUUUAUUGUCGGUUGUCAGUUGUCUUUCUACAGAGUAGCCACCAAGUCUAGAAAUAUGGAAGAACAGACAUCAUAAACGGCUUGCUGAUCUUACCAUGUAUGAUUUGGUCAGUGACAUUACACGAUAUGGUCAGUGUAUCACCUUCAUCAGCAACAUGUAGUUCAGAGCAGUGUAGAAAACUGCAAGGAAUUCGGUGCAUUGAUGCCACGUUUCCGUCAGCUGCCUGCCUAUUCCUCUGUUACGCAUCACCUCUGAUGAUCCGUCUCUGAUUUUCACCCCAAAACGGAACAAACAAAAUGUGCCACACAAAUACCAAGAGAAGCAAAUCUAUAUAAAAAGGCAAUCUCCAUUUUCAGGCUUUAUGGCCAGCCAGCCUGUACGUUGCUCAAUCUUGAACCUUGAGCCUUUUAUCUAAUCCUCUUUCCUGGCCAGCUUUACGGUCUCUGAAAACAUGCUAUUCCUCCAAGUCACUGAUAAAAGUGUAGACAUGGCAAAGCCCACGGAACGCAGUUAGAGAAAACUCCCUUCAGAUUGACCUUGAGCCUCUCAGCAAAACUCGUGCAAACCAUCACCAUGUGGUGGGGGUCCCCUGUGGGCCUGGCAUGGGGCCGGGCUCUGGGAACACAGACGCCUCCAGAAGGCUGCAGGCACUGAGCGGGGUGCGGGGGAGAUAAGGAAGCCGUUUGUUGUACCUGGGGGCUGAGUGCUGUGAUAGCGGAGUGCCCAGUGUGCUUGGCGGGCACGGAUAAGGGACUGUCUCCGUCUGUGUGGACUGCUGUGACAAAACACCACGGGUUAGGUGGCUGGUAAAGAGCGGAACGUCAUGCUCACAGUCCUGGAGGUAGGAAGUCAGACUGGGGUGCCCGUGUGGCCGAGUGAGGGUCAUUUCUCCUUGUAUCUUCCUGUGGGAUCCUCGCAUGGCAAGAGGGUGAGGGAGCUCUGUGGGGUGUCUUUCAUGACAGCACUGAUCCCAUUCACAAGGCCGCCCCCUCAUGACCCAGUCACCCGUUAAAUCCCCUAGCUUCUACAGCCGUCCCAUUAGACAUUAGGAUUCCAACCUGUGAGUGCAGGAGAACGCACACAGCCAGACUACAGUGGGGACUUCUAAAUCACCCUGGGCAGAGGGGAAAGUUUCCCAGAGGAGGGGCCGUUUGCGCUGAGCACUAAAGGACAAAAUAGCUUGAGACGGUAUUGCCAGGCUCAAGAAGGGUCAAAGCCCAGUCUUAGGGAUCCAUGAGCCCAGUCAUCCCGCAGCCGGGGUUCUCAGGGACUAAACAGAUCCAGAGCCAAUACUGUUUUCUUUUUUGAUGUCAAGAUACACAUUAACUGCUUCAGCCAUUAGCUAGCCUGUGGGGGGCGGGAGGAGGCGAUUCACUCAAUAAAGUGAUUUGGUCUGUUUUUCUCAAACCCAUGUUGGUUCUCAAUACCCAUCCUUUUCCAAGGGCUUAAAAACCUUCUCUAAAUUACAUUUUAAUUACAGUCUUGCCAGGCUCUCGGUCUGUAUAGUGGGAACAGUGUCUUUUUCCCCCUGGGUAAAUUGGGACAUCUGCUGACAACAAUCUUCUGGAGUUCUCCCAGCCUUCAUUCGUUUUUCCAGGGAUUAAAUACAUUGGCUGUGAUCCUUUCUGUGAGUUUGUGCAGGGGCCUGGGAUGGGAGCCUGCAGGGCCCAGAGAUGCAGAUUUCAAGCUACUGAGAGGACACAGCCCCCUGCCACCGCCCCCCUUCAGACCCCUGCUCUCCUAGUCAGGAGUUGGGUCACCUUACUUUGUCUGUGCUCCGUUAACAUGCUACCAUGAUCCCUAAUUCAGGGGCCUCCUCUCUUUUUAAAUUGUAACUAAGU